AAUCAAAAGAUUAAGAAAAUGGCCACGAAGCUGUUGCGGCUAUCGGCCGAGAGUAAAAGUCGGGGUGCACCGUUUCCGCAACAAUUGGCGCCAAACGAAAAUUUGGAAAUACAAAUUUAUCGCCUGGAGGCAUACAAUUCGCUAUUAAAGGAUCGAUUAAACGCUAUAAUUAAAAAAUACAGUAAUUGUAUACAUAGCACCACUACUAGUACAAUGAGGCGUCCAGCGUCUUGUUCAAAUUUAUCUGUAAAGCGAAAAAUAAUUUUAAGUGAAGACGAUUUGCAUUUAUUCGAAAUCCCGGAGCCGCCCACAAUUAUUAGCAAAAAUGAUAAUCGCUUUAGCAUUGGUAGUGGAAGCGCCAUUAUGUCCGAGGCAAAAGUAUCAGCAACAAAAACUGCCAAUCCGAACAAAGCACCACCACCACCUCUACAACAACAAUCUUAUCAUCAAUACAGUCAUUCAUCGAUAAUCUUCGAAAAUGAUCAUGAUUCAAACCGUCCAGCACACAUUCCAAGUGCCAAUUCAAAUGAAGAAAAAAGUUGCAUAAACAAUCUUAAAAAUAUAAUACAUAAACUCGAAAUUGAAUUGAAUGAUGCGAAAUCAACCAUUGAUUCACUGCAACGGUUAAAUGUUACAAUCGAAGAAAAACUUACCGAUCAACUGAUUGAUAGGCGUACUGCAGAAAAUGUGGAAUUAGUUCAACUGCGGCGAACAAUGGUAGAAUGUGAAAUGGAAUUGCAUGAUCUUCGAGACCAAUACUUGAUAUUGAAAGCAAAAGCAGAAAAUGAUUUAGAUAAAGAGCAUAAGAAAAUCGAUGAGUUAACACAAAUCGUGCAGAAGGAAAUGGAUCGAAACACAAGUCUCUGCAAAGACUUGCAAACAUUACGUAAUGUUGCAGGGGCCAAUGAACACAAUGGCGAAAAUAUUGAACUAGUCAAAAAUACAUGUUUGGAUAACGAUGAAAACAAUUCUGAUGUAAAAGUUAACAAUUCGAAUGUAUUGUCCAAAAACGAUGACCUAACCGAUCUUUUGAAUGAAGCGAAAUCUACAAUACUUAAUUUGCAAGAUGAGAUAAAGUCACUAAAAUCAGAUAUUGAAACGUUGCGUCAACAAAAUCAAGAAUAUGUUACACAAAUUGAGUCUUUUCAUAGUAUUGGUACUAAACCGAACAGUCCUCCGUUAAACCACGUCCAUACUUCAUCAGAGAUGCCACCACCAAUUCCACUCGAGCCAGUCAUCAUUGUGAAAGAAAACAAGGGAAAAGACUAUACAAAAUGUGAUCAAACCACCAUUGCUGCUGGAGAUGAAUGCAAUCAAACCAAGAAGAAUACAGGAAACGAGACAAAAUGCAGCGAACAUUCGUUUGCCAGCGAUGAUACGUCACAAUCAGACAAUACAUUCGUUAUCGCGGAACGAAAAUCUCAGAAACAACCACGAAAGAAACCACAAAGACUGACUGUGAAACACGAUUUGAACCCUCGUUAUUCAACAACAGACUCAGAAAUAAGUUCUUUAGAUUCCGAAGAGAAUUUCCACUUAUUCAUAAAUAAAAAUAGAAAAAUUCAAAACUCCAUGAUGCUACUCGAUUCGUAUCGGCCAGAAUCGAUGUCAUUUUCGCAACGUAUGAGUUUUCUGGAAAAGGCGGCAUAUUAUCGACCGCUGGCGUAUGUAGCAGCACCGCCAAUGUCAAGCGACGUGGAUAAUCAUCGGUUUUUAGCAUGCAAUUGUAAUGGAAUCGAUUGUGACCAGCAAAAUGAGUUAUUUUAUGAGGAAAUUCGUAGAGCAGUAAAAAAUGCCAGAUCAAUUUUGUUACAGGAAAUUCAGAAUAAUCCUCAAGUCGGAAGUGGUCGCAAUGAUUCCGAAUUCGACCAGUAUCUUGAUGAAUCGAGUGAAUGUCGUGAAUUCCUACGGGUUCAAUACAACCUAAAUAAUUUGUAUAAACAAGAGCUAGAGUUGAUAUGUAAAACGUGUAAAAAACAAAGACAAGAACUGCUCAAACAGAUUGACGAUUUAAAAUUAAAAUUACAAAAUUACGAAGAUAAAUGCAAAGCAAGUGGCCAACAGUUCGAGUUGGAAACGGACAGGAUGUUAUACAUUAAUCACGACGAAGGUUCAUUUGAACUUCAUAUAAAUACAUUUCGCCCAACCAAAGAGGGUCGACCAUUGCUCUCUUGCCGACACGGUGAACUUGGCGCACUUUAUGUGUCAUGGAACUUUUAUGGCUGUAAAAUUGAGUCAAAAACAUGUAUACGACCACCAACUAAUUACAAUUUCGACUGUAGUCAUAUAUAUGUUGUAUCGAUUAACAAGCAGUUCUUGGCACGCUUGCAUAGUGAAAAAUUGUUGAUAAAUUUGCUCGCAUCCAGUGCAUCGAUAACCACUUUAAUAGGAGCUGUAGAUAUAAGCUUGGCCGAAGUGUUAAUAUUUCCACAAAAUAAAAUCCAAUUGACCACCAAGGUGAUGUCAAUAUCAAACGAUUGUGAUCACAAGAAUCGUUUUUGUGCAUGUGAUGUGACACAAUCGAAGCCAAAACAUUUGGGAAAUUUAACGCUUUGGUUCCGUUUGACAUGUGAAUUGGACAUUCUCAAGUCUUUGUAUAAUAAAGGCAAGCAAUGGGGAUCGCCGAUCGAUAAUCAAGGCGGCAUUCAGGAUAUGAAAGAAAAAAAUGAGAGCCAAAAUACAGUCGCAGCACAUGGAAAGCUGGUGCAGAACACAGUUGGAUUACAUGCGAGCUCAGAAGAUAACCAGGAGUGUCCCAUAUCACAAACAAAUCUCAACGAUCAAUCAAUCAUGCCUACUAAAACACUAAUCACUAUCACAAUAAUCGGUCUCAAGUUUAAUAAUGACUUUGAACUGCCAAGCGGGGACACAACCGACCAAAUUUAUGUCGAGUACAGUUUUCUUGGGACCCGUCGAAUGAGAACUGAUCCGAAGCCAAUCUCCAUGAAUGAAUUAACAUUUAAUUUCACGCAGAAAUUUCUACACAGCAACCGAAACGUGCAACGUUUAACACAUAUCCUAAGAGAUCCGGAACAGAGUAUUAAGUUGAGAAUAAACACUCGUUCCGAGCAUGAGUCAGAAAAUAGUAAUAAUAAUAUUGAAAUCGGAUUUGGUUUGUUGCACCUGGGAAAAUGUAUAAAUGACUGGCACGAGAAUGGUAAUGACAAUACAACGCCACAUAUUCUAAAAAUAUCGGUUCUAUCGAAAAAACCACCUUACCAGAAUAUUGGUUGCUUGGACAUUUCCGUGGAAGAUAUGUCAUCAUUGAAAAAAUUGCAACCGAAUUUAAAAUGAAUCGUGCCUUCAAUUUAUUUAUUUAAAGACAGUUUCAUAUUCUUGUUGUCAAAUACAGCGACCAUGGCAUUCAGUAUGAAAGUGAAAUGGCACAAUUCGAAUCGAAUUCGAAUGGUACAUAGUUAAAGGGAUUUGUUUUGAUUACAGUGAUUUGAAUUUAACGGAUUUCGAAUGUUAUUGAAUGCAUUCUCGCCUCUGUCACUGUCAAUCCUUAAAUACAAACAUUAUAUAACAAUAAAUAUGU